AUGGACCCCCGGGCAGGGCAAGAGCCCAUCAACGUGCUCGGGGUUUUCUUGGGUGUCGGGCUGGCCUUGAUGAUCCUGGUGCUUUUUGGCUACGCCUUCGUCCGGUGGUACCAGAGGGGCCAGUGCUGGCACCGGCCCGACUUCGUCUUCAGCCUCUACCACACAUGCGGGCGGGGGGCAGUGGCGGUGGAGCUGGUGCCACCGUUCAGCAUCAGCGGCUCGCUGAGCGGGGCGGAGAGUGGCUACGUGCCUUUCCACAACCGGGGGCCGUGA